GCGGAACCCAAGCAGAGCGAGCGCCAGCAGCGCUGCAGGAGCAGGAGCAGGAGUGGGGAUUUUACUGACGGUGAUCACCGGGCAGGUGUGUGUGUGAUGGCGAGGUCUGGUGUGAGCAGGUGAUAUGUAGGGAGGACGCUGGACGAGUGUACAGGACUCGCCACCCAACUCUUCCUCCUGUAGUUGCGUCUCUGCGUGAGGGAUGAAGCUGAACGAGCGGAGCGUGGCGCACUACGCCACCUGUAACUCUCCGCCGGAUAAGACGGGCUUCCUGUGGAAGAAGGGCGAGCGUAAUCCGUCGUAUCACCGGCGCUGGUGUGUGCUGAAGGGGAACAUGCUGUUUUAUUUUGAGGAGCGCGAGAGCCGCGAGCCGGUGGGCGUGAUCGUGAUGGAGGGAUGCACAGUGGAGCUCUGCGACUCCGAGUCCGAGGAGUUCGCCUUCGCCGUGCGCUUCGACUGCGCCCGCGCUCGCGUCUACAAACUCGCCGCCGACACGCAGGUCGCCAUGGAGUCGUGGGUGAAGGCGCUGUCUCGCGCCACAUUCGACUACAUGCGGCUGCUGGUGCGAGAGCUGGAGAGACAGCUGGAGGAGGCUCAGCAGCUCUCGCAACAGAGCAAGAACAAACCCAAAAAACACAUGACGCAGGGGGGAGGUGGUGGAGGAGGAGGUGGAGGACGCCUGAAGCCCGUCCUGUCGGGACCCCCCGCCCUGCAGGGACCCCAGGUCCCGCCCUCCGUUUCUCCUGAGGAGGGCUUCCUGUCGCUGGGCGUUCCCGGGAAGGAGAACGGCGUGUCCUGGAAUAAACCCGCCGGGUUGGUGAACGGCGAGGGGGGCGUGUCCGGGGUGGUCUGGGAGACGGAGGGUCAGGGGGACUCUGCCAGACCCCCGCCCAUCCCCCCGCGGAGGAAGACCCCCGGCGGGUCUCUGGAGAGCCCGGUGUCGCCCGAGACCGGCUGCUUCUCCAAACUGCACGACUGGUACGGGAGGGAGGUGGCGGAGCUGCGGGUGGAGUGGCUGCAGAGUCAGUGAGACGGGCGGGAGGAGGACGACGCCUUCACCGGGGACGCUGCGGGACCUGUCACUGCGGCACGCUGUCCGAAUAUAGCUCCGCCCCUGAAUGUCUCCUAUUGGCUGAUGCACAGCGCAUCGUACAUGUGAAUGUAGGGGUGGAGACCAAAGUGCAAUUUCCUUUUUAAAGUUCAGGAUCAGUUCACAUUAAGUAAUAAAGUCCCCUUUUGGCUUUCUACACUAAACGUUACAUUUUUAGCACUUUUUGGCGUAAGAUUCUAGACUAGGGAUACAUCAAGUGCAAAGAUUAGAAGUUAAUUUAUAUCAAACAAAUACAUUUUCCUUUUUUAUCUUUUUUUAAAGCAAGAUUAAAAAAUACAGUACCAGUCAAAAUUUUUGACACACUCUAAUUUCAGUGUUUUUUCUUGUUUAGAUGAUCAGUUUUGAACAUCUCUGCUGGAUUUUCUCAGUCAGUUUUAUGAGGUAGAGUCUCCUGGAAUUCAGGCUUUCAGUUAACAGCUGUGCUGAACUCAUCAAGAGUUAAUUACUUGAAUUUCUUGUCUCUUAAUGUUAAGGUUUGAGAGCAUCAGUUAAAGUAAAGUAGUGAAGAGGUAGAGUUAUAGGUAUACAGUGAAUAGUGAAUAUUUGAGUUAUGUUCUAAUCCAGAUUAUAAGAAGCAACAACUACUAAAAGACCAUCAAAAACGUUCUAAUGAUGAAACUGGAACUCAUCAGGAUCGGAGUACAUCAGAGGAGUUAGCAGCCUCAGAAACUGCAAGUUUCUGCAAGCUCUCCAGUUAAGAGCACCUAAAUGGUGCUUCACAGAGUAUUUAUUCGUUUUUUUAACACUUUUAAGUUACUACAUUCCUGAAUAGCUUUAAUAUAGUCUUCAAUAUAAAUUAACAAUGCACAAAAUCAUAAAUAGAAAGAAAACGCAUUGAAAGAGAAGAAGAGGAGAAAAGGAGUGUCCAAACGUUUGACCUGUACUGUAUACCACCGUGCUACAAGCUAACAUGCUAAGUCAUGAUAUAUCAGCACAGUAUGAUGCUUUGUAGUGUUACCUCUUAUCAAAUAGACAUUGCGAUUCAUAUUUUAGACAUUUUAGAUUCUGUUUCUGAUUUAUUGAAUGUAACUAAUUAGAAAAACCCAAACAGUGCUGAACACAUUGUGCGUUUCUAUAAAAGUUGAUGUGAGGUUUUUGAGUAUAUUUGCAAAAUCGUUAAGAUUAAGUUCUUAUUGAAAUCAGUAUCAGUAUGGCUGGUUCUGAUUGGUCCCUGAAUGCCCCCUGGUGAAGGCAGCCUCCAACUCGGUUCUGCUGGACUCUUUUAAACCCUGGUGCUCCACCGAACUGCCUUGUAUUAAACCUGAACUUUACUCCUCGAGAACGACCUCUCUCGCCCAGAGAGAGAGACCAGUCUGCAGUGUGCUAACCGGAGGAGCUGAAGGCCUCGGGUUAUCAGUGUAGCUCUUAUCAAUCUUCAGAGAGUUUAUUAUAUAAACUCAGAGCUGCCAGAUUAUUAGAUACACCAGAUUCUACCUUCUCAGAUUGAGCCAUAAUAAUAAUUGAGCCAUAAUAAUAAUAAACACUCUGCUUUAGUAACGGUACAGCAGUAGUGCUCCUCUAUUCACCUCAGAAGUUCGUACAUACGACUUUAGAGUUUGUAAGUACGACGUGAUUUCUGUUUACGAUGUUUUGCUUUUGUUUCUUUAAAAAAAAACGAAGAGGGAAGUUAGAGCGCUGAGUAAUAUUUUUUAAGUAUCGUUAGCAGUUAGCAUGUGCAUUUUUUUUUUCAUGUAUAGAAAAGAGUAAACUGAUUUAAAAUGAAACAAACAGCAUUGCUGCUAAAUCAUGCUAGCCAUACUAUAUACUAUAAUGGUACAAAUUACUAUAAGUUGUCCCAAGGUGCGAUCAAUCAUGCAACACGCUAACAUGCUAACCAGAGUUACAACCAUGCCCUGCGCUAGCAUGUCAGCCCAAACUAGCCUUCCACAAGCCUCAAACAUGUGCCAUGCAAUAAGCUAACAUUAGCUUAGCCAAAGCUAGUACACUAGCCACAAACUAGCACGUCAACGACACAAACGACCAAGCAAAAUGCUAACAUCUUAGCCAAAACUAGUAAAUAGCUACAUGUACGAACAAGCAACAAGCUAGAAUCCUAGCCAAAGCAAGUCAACUAGCCGCAAACAAGCACAUCAUCGACACGUACGACCAAGCAACAAGCCAACAUUAGCUUAGCCAAAACUAGUAAAUAGCUACACGUAUGAACAAGCUAGAAUCCUAGCCAAAGCUAGUACACUAGCUGCAAAAUGUCAACUACACAUAUGACCAAGCAAAAAGCUAGCGUCCAGGCAGCUAGCGUGUCAAAUAGAUAUAUGACCAAGCUGCAAGCUAACAUCCUAGCCAAAGCUAGUACACUAGCCGCAAACUAACACAUAAACAACACGUAGAAUCAACAUACAAGCUAGCAUUAGCUUAGCCAAACCUAGUAAACUAGCCACAAACUAUGUAGACAAAUCAGAGUAACAUAGCCAUGCUAGCCAAAACUAGCAUGCUAGCCACAAACCAUUCUCCUCCAACAGCAUCACUAUGCCACAAGCUAAUAUCUUAGCCAAAGCUUGUACACUAGCCUCAAACUAGCAUGUGUAGCAGUAUGUACCAAAAUGCCACAAUCUAAUAUUUUAGCCAAAGUUUCCACUAUGCUACAAGCUAACGUGCUAAUCAUGAUAAAACAUUGACUGUUACAGAAGUAGUAAAUACGAUAUUUCCCUCCUGAUCUGAGAGCAGUGUUCGUGUUUAUCUGGUAAUCUGGCGGUUCGGUUUAAACCGAGGCAGUGACUCAUUUCAUAUACCUUUUUUUAAUCAUAUGCAAGACCAACGUAUUUUCUCUACGCCUUUUUACAACUUUUUUAUUUUGGACUUUUUUUUAUCUUCUUCUGUUUUGAAGUGCCAUUUAUUAUUUCAGUGCCUUUUAUUUUGUAUCCAACUUCUCUUAUUAUGUAGCAGAAUAUGAUUGGCUGUUCACUCGUGGUUUCGAUGUAGAAGUGAAGCCAGAUGAGCGUAAAGCUUCUGAUUCAGACCAAAUAUUUAAUAUCCAGAGCUGGACUUUGGAAAACAAACUGAUUGGUCUUCUAGCCUUUAGUGCUGCAGUGUGAACCUGCUAACAGUGUUAAACAUUCUCUACAUAAUUCACUGAGAUUAACUCAUUCAGAGUGGGGGUUUGUUUGAGAGGAUCUCAUUCAGAUUGAGAUGAUCUCAUUCUCAGUGGGGGUUUAUUUGAGAUGAUCUCAUUUAGAUUGAGAUGAUCUCAUUCUCAGUGGGGGUUUAUUUGAGAUGAUCUCAUUUAGAUUGAGAUGAUCUCAUUCUCAGUGGGGGUUUAUUUGAGAUGAUCUCAUUUAGAUUGAGAUGAUCUCAUUCUCAGUGGGGGUUUAUUUGAGAUGAUCUCAUUUAGAUUGAGAUGAUCUCAUUCUCAGUGGGGGUUUAUUUGAGAUGAUCUCAUUCAGAUUGAGAUGAUCUCAUUCUCAGUGGGGGUUUGUUCGAAAUGAUCUCAUUCAGAUUGAGAUUACCUCUUCCAGAGUGGGAUUAGUUUGAGACAAUCUCAUUUAGAGUGGGGGUUUAUUUGAGACGAUCUCCUUCAGAGUGGGAUUUUGAUAUGAUUGUAAAAAUUGCAUUAAAUUAAUUUAGGGACUAUUUUUUUGCCGCACAACACCCAGCAGCUUGUAUUCCUCCACCAUGUUAAAGAUAUGCAGUUUUUCAAUCAUGUUUCAGGAGCAGAAUCUCCUCAGAUUUUUCUCCAUGUGCUGUAAUGUGUUUCUGAGGACGUAACUCUGAAAGACUGUUCACAUCAUAACCUUUAAAUUAUGUAGAGAAUUUUAAAAAGCCUCCUUUACCCUCACUGUGAUGAGUGAUCAGGUUCUGCAGGUUUUAAUCGUUGGUGAGGAGGAAUUAUAGAAUUUAAUCAGCCGUGUUUCUGCGACCGACACUAGCAGCUUUUUAUUUUAACUCACUGUGGGAAAACACUGAGUACGCCUUUCACUUUCACUACUAAAACUGUCUGAUCUGAUCUCUUACAGUCUUAAAAACUAAGGUUUUUACAUGGUUCUUGGUUAGAAAUUAGUUAAAUAGACUGCUAUGUUUUAUGAUUUUUUAAAAUAUCUUCAUUCUUAAAACAGUUUUCUGUUUGAAAGUUACACAAGCAAUAGCUAAAAUAAACUGUUUAUUAUAUUAUUUUAUGUCAAAAUUUUCCCCAUUUUCCUUCUAAUUUACACAGCCUAUUGAUGAAGACUAGCACACGCCUUUAAAAAAAUACAUUUUUUAAGUUUAAUAAGGUCAAGUUUCUGUAUCUGUUACGUUAAGGUAAAUGCGCUUUUGUUUUAACCAAGAACCGUGUAGAAACUUUGUUAUAAAUUGUGUAAGUAAUCUGUUUUAUUACUCAUCCAGUAUAUAAUCUACAGUGCAUUACAUAACCAGCAGUAAUGUACAAUUAUUAUUUAUAUUUUGAAUCAUUUUGCUUUUCUUGGUUUUAAUCUCUUUGAUCUUUAUCAGCUUCAUUCAGCAUCGGUACGAAAUGUGACCAAAUCCUGUACAGAUCAUUAAUUCCAGACGCGGGCUGUGUGAUAUAUUACAUUUUAAUUAUUAUCACAAUAGUGACCUUCCUAAUAACAAUUACAACGCUGUGAUAUGCAAAUGAGCUCUGUAAAAAAGCACAAUUUUUAACCCAGGCCAAUCUUUAACAACAACUCUGUUCAUUAAAAAGAUUUUCAUAUAUUUUAUGAAGUGUGGUGCAAAUACUACAAAUAAACAGCUAUAUACACUGGCAUGCCAAAAGUCAUGGGACAGCAGUAUGUAUUAGGGUGUUUUCACACCUAUAAUAUUUAGGUUUAUAUUUGUUUGGUUUGGUUUGUUUUCACACAGGUACAAAAACCUAAAGGCAUUAAAGUGCGCACCAAUAAACCACACAAGCACGUCAGAGUCUCCUCUGAUUGGUCAGAGCUGUCUGGUGUGGGAGAAAGAAAGUAAAUAUAGUGAAAAGAUUCUGUGUUUCAGUGUGUAUAUCUGUAUAUCUGUAUCUGUUUACCAGUGAAAAUUUGCAGGUGCACUUUUAAACACAGAGCAGUGAACGCUGCACAUAUCAUACUUAGUCUGUAAACAGCGUGGAGCAGCAGAGACAGCGUUUAUUCAUAGCUGUGGUAAUUAGUAUUAUCUGGCUCAAAUUGAGACCAGAUCACGUUCUCACCACAAGUGAACCGCUCCAGUGUGAUUACUGUUUUCACACCUGCUCAGUCGAUUCGCAUUAAUGGUAUAAACCAGCCAGAGUCCAUUUUAACCGAACCAAAUAGUUCUGCUGUAAAAACACCCUAAAUUAAUACUGAAGUGUUAAACCAAGCAAUACUUGGGUUGUCAGUGUAUAUAUGGCAGUUUAAUCAAACCAGCAGAGUUGUGUUGAUAUUGUGCAGCCCCGGUCUACUUCAAAAUAAAAGCUCUCUCGGUUACUGAUGAUUUUUACUGAACACUAGAACUACAGCAGCUACUUAAUACUGAAAACAUUUAAGGUACCGUUAUUUCCCUUUAAAACAAACAAAAAAAAACAAAUCUCAAAAAAUGGAACUAUAAACUGUAAUCUCUUCAAAACAAUCAAAUAAACAGUCGUUCCAUUAAA